UACGUAUGGGCUCGGAAACCAGGAAGAAGUCGCCGACACUCGGCGCGCAGUUUAAGAAGUCGCUCGACGCUCUCAUGAAGACUCUCAGCUCCUGCCAGCCGUUCUUCAUCCGCUGCAUCAAGCCUAACGAGUUCAAGAAACCGAUGAUGUUCGACCGGGAGCUGUGCGUGCGUCAGCUGCGCUACUCCGGCAUGAUGGAGACGAUUCGCAUCCGCCGCGCCGGAUACCCGAUCCGACACACCUUCAAGGAGUUUGUCGACCGCUAUCGUCUGCUGCUUGCGGGCGUGCCGCCAUCGCACCGCUGCGACUGCCGCGUGGCUACCACCAGCAUCGCCGCAGCCGUGCUCGGCUCCACCGACUACCAGCUAGGGC